GCGGCCAAGGGCGCGCGGCACCCGCGCCCCGCCGGCCCCGCCGCCGCCGCCCCGAGCGCUCCCUCACGGCCCGGCCCGGCCCCCCACUGCCGCCGCCGCGCCUCUUCCCGGCGGCGCACCAUGCCGGCCGACCUGAUGGAGAAGAGCAGCGCCUCGCCGGUGGCCGCCACCCCCGCCAGCGUCAAUGCGACGCCCGACAAGCCGAAGACGGCGGCGGAGCAUCGCAAGUCCUCCAAGCCCAUCAUGGAGAAGCGGCGGCGGGCGCGCAUCAACGAGAGCCUAGGGCAGCUGAAGACGCUCAUCCUGGACGCUCUGAAGAAGGAUAGCUCCCGGCAUUCCAAGCUGGAGAAAGCCGACAUUCUGGAGAUGACCGUCAAGCACCUGCGGAGCCUCCAGCGGGCCCAGAUGACUGCUGCCCUGAGCACAGACCCCACAGUACUGGGCAAGUACCGAGCCGGCUUCAGCGAGUGCAUGAACGAGGUGACGCGCUUCCUCUCCACCUGCGAGGGCGUCAACACUGAGGUGCGCACCCGGCUCCUGGGCCACCUGGCCAGCUGCAUGACCCAGAUCAACACCAUGAACUACCCUGCGCCCCCCCCGCCGCCCCCGUUGCCACCAGCCGCAGCCUUUGGGCCCCCCCUGGUUCCUCCAGGCAGUGGCGUGGGGCCACUCCCGGGCAUGCCCUGCAAGCCGGGUGCCGAUGCAGCCAAGGUGUACGGUGGCUUCCAGCUGCUGCCAGCCUCCGAUGGGCAGUUUGCCUUCCUCAUCCCCAGCACUGCAUUUGCUCCUGGUGGAGCUGUGCUGCCUCUGUAUGGUGGCCCACCCACAGCUGCCACUGCUGCCUCGCCGCCAGGCCCGCCACCUGGCACGGCCGACUCAGUCUGGAGACCCUGGUGAGGGUGGUGGGCACCGGACUGGACUUGGCAAUGCACCCCGUGCUGCUGGCACGGCUGUACAUAGAUUAUAUGUUCAUAUUGGAUUGUGCCUUUGUACCAUAGCACUCCCUUGACAGUGUUUCGUGUUUUACACGAGAUCUUUUUUUUCUUCCUUUCCUCCCUUUCCUUAUGUGACGCCAAAGAUUGGGGGUUUGUUUUUUGGUUGGGUUUUUUUUUUUUGAAUGCUCUUAAAAUAA